AAACGAGCCCUUAGUUUUUUUUUUUAAUUCUCCUUCGCUGUGGCGCUGCCCAUCGCCCUCCGGCCUCCGCGCCCUAUCAGACCAAGGCACCCUUCCCUCCAACCCCUGGACUGGCGUGGAGCGGGGAUCCAUCCGGACUUUCGGUUGAUUCCUUCUCUGCUUGAGUAAGGAGAUAGAUCGUGAAUGGCUGCGCGGAACACUUGUAUGGCCUCCGAGGAUGACUAUGAGACUGAACAGAAGAAGCAAGCUGCUGCAGAUGUUCUUUUCCACUAUUCGCAGUUCGUUAUGGUGUGCAUUGGUGAGGGCGUUCGCCCAACUGAUCUCAGGUUGCACCUUAUGAAGGAAGUUUCAGGAAUGCCCACUUCUCUAAAGGAGCCACAACAGGCUGCUGCCUCACCGGAUUCUAGUGGUGAACCGUCGUCCUCUGGAACAAUGAAAGGAGACAAGAACGGAAUCUCCUAAGCUUCAUAAAUCAUCCGGCUCCGGUCUCCUGGUGUUCCUUAUGCACUGAGAAGACAGUAACGUUCGGAUGAUGAGACCUAAUUGUAUCAUUCAUUCAUAGGAAUGUAAAUAUGUUAGCAUGGUUGCCUACAAUUUCUUUUUAUGACCAUGCAGAAGGAACAUGGUUCAUCGCCAACCUUGCUGUUCUGCUGCUUUAUAUUCUUUUUCGACAGGAUAGAUGAUGGCGAAUGGAUACUAUUCUGUUUUAAGUGAGUUUCAUGUGAGUUGUGAUAAUCUAUUUACUUGCGCUC